AUGCUUUAAAGUCGUGUCACAUAAACAUGCUUAGUUAUGGGGAGGGGAAACGCAGACACGGCAACUUAUCAGGGGUUGUGCGCACGUUUAUAUGCUCCUUUAUGAGCAAUAGGCUUUAUUUUCUAAAAUCCAAAUGUGGCCGAGGUGUGGACUUCGUGCGCGCAAAUAACUGGCUUUUUUUUCAGUGUUUACAAUCUGCUUCACGACACGUGAAUGCAGCACCGGAGUGGCUGAUCUUAUAUGACUUCGCAUUGGCCGUGAUCCGUGACAUUGGAGACGCUGGACCGACCCUGUACGUGGUCCCCAUCAGUUUGUUUAUUUGUCUUCUUUCUUUUUCUUUUUUGUAAAGUCAGUAAUUAGACAUCCCAUCAGCGGCAGAGUGCGCGUCGUCCCACUGCGACGCCGAGAGCCGGUUCUUUCAGGCAUACUUUCUACUUCAGCACCGUGCUGGACGGAUCUGCCACAGAGGCGCACACGUGCAGCGUCGCCUCGGCGGUCCGUGUUGUCCCGCGGCCCGUGAAGGCAGCAGCGUCCCUGCGAGGAGCGGAGGCAGCUUCUCUCCUCCUAUCAGCGCCAUUGUGUGUCAGAGUCUCCGGCUGCUCGGACGGUUCGUGUGUCUGCGGCUGACAGAAGUGUUUUUAAAUCCCCCCCUCCAUGUUUCUCUCUCUCACUCCGGCCGACCUGGAUGUGGGCUGCGGCGUCUCUGCUCUGCUCUGCUCCUCCCAGAGAUCAGCUUUCAAUCAGACAACGCCGUCAAUGCUGCAGGCAUCUCCUCUUUGGUUGUGAAAGUGAUGGGGGGGGAAAAAAACCUCUUAUCAAUAAUUCAGAUAUAUGUUCGGUAAAGGUGCGAAGCGGAAGCUGGACGAGGAUGAAGAGGGGCUGGAAGGCAAAACGCUGGAGGCGUCGGUGGUGGGAGCGGGACUGGGCCUCUGUCCAGAGGGCCUGUCCAAGGUGUCGUACACCCUGCAGCGCCAGACCAUCUUCAACAUCUCCCUGAUGAAGUUGUACAGCCAGCGGCCUCUUGGCGAGCCCAGCCUGGAGCGCCGCGUCCUCAUCAACAACAUGCUGCGACGCAUCCAGGACGAACUCAAGCAGGAGGGCUCCCUGCGGCCGCUGCUCCUGCCGCCGUCGCCGCCGCCUGACGACCCCAUGGACGAGGGCUUCCGCGAGGCGCCGCCCUCCUUUGGUGUUUUGUCCACGGCGGCGACACCACAGGUAUCCCAGCCUUCUGCACUGUUGAUGCCGGUGAUUGUUCCUCCGCCUUCACCCCACCCAAUGGUGCCUCCCAACUGCCAGGCAUCCCAGGCGUGCCUCAGCCGUGUGGAGGCCUGCCCCGCCCCUUUGGAAGCCUGUCUCACUCCAGCCUCUUUACUGGAGGAGGAUGGAGGAGAUUCAACCUUCUGUGCUCCGCCCACUCCACCUCUGUCACCCCCCCCAGCGCAGUCUCCCCCGUUACCUUCGGCACUUCUGAGCCAGGUGUCCCCCAGGGUCCCUGUGCCUCCCUCGUCAGGUGACGGUUUCCCCUCCACUCUGAGUGACAUCGAGUUGGGUCCUCCCACAGCCAUAACAAGGACAGCAGCAGCUAAUAUUACGACCGUGACUACCUCCCCAGCUCCCACGCCACUCGCCCGCCCCCCCCAGUUAUCACCCCUCCCUCCACCUAGAGACUGCAGGACCGUGGGUUCUAAACCAGAGGCGGCUGGCGUCUUGCUAGCAGAAGCUCGCUGUACCGAGCUCCGGCCGAUGGACACUCUGCCCACACUGCCCCCUGGUGGCUUGGUAGACAUUUCCUCCUGUCCUUCCUCCGCUCCUUCCUCCGCCUCGCCCUCGGGGUUCCUCACAGACUUGGCGCUGGACGAUGUCCUGUUCGCUGACAUUGACACGUCCAUGUAUGACUUUGACCCCUGUACGACAGCGGGGGCUGUGGGCGUGACAGCCAGCGGGGGCCUCGCCAAACUGUCACCGGUGGUGACGACCGACGACCUCCUCAAAUCGCUGGCGUCGCCGUACAGCGGCUCUGCCCCACAGGUUUCAGCCAAUCAGCCUUUCAAAAUAGAUUUGACAGAACUGGACCACAUCAUGGAGGUGCUGGUGGGAUCGUGACUCGCGCACUCCCCCGCUUCAGAAACACACAAAUAGUUUCAUCCGGAGAACGGACUGGAAUGAAAUUUUGGGAUCGCUUUGGGGGUCUCCUCGUUGUUUUUAUGUUUUUUUUAAAAAAAACUUUAAAGGUCGGUAAUUGUAAACAUCGAUGGUGAUGUCAAUUAGUACUACUUUGACAACUACUACUACUACACAACACUGUGCAUGCACUGUGCUCGCCUUUCCAAUUAUGGAAAUGAAGUAACUGGGAAACAAAGACACAAAUACGUAUGUAUUUCUAUACUUGUGAGGACCUCCGUUGGCUCCAUUCAUUCCCUAACCCCUAAUUUAAACCUAAUCCUGGUUCCAAUCUCUGACCUGAACCGAAGCCUUAACCCCACAGAGUAACUGUAAAUAGAGAGAGAAAAAGAGAGGACUGGCACAUUGUCCUCAUUCUGGAGGAUUUUGCGGUCAUUAUAUUCUUGUGAGGACUUCUACUUCUCACAGGUAAAGAAAUACAAAGGACGUAAAACACACACACACGCACACACACACACACACACACACACACACACAAAUACUCACUGAAUUCAUUGCUUUUAGCAGAUGAGUGCCUUUCAAAAAUGACCACUUAUUCAAUUCCUGUUUAUACAGUAUUUUUUUCUUUUCUAGUCCUUUUCACUUUAACAGCCUAGCGAGGUCAUACGCCUCAAUGUUUUUUCUAAAUUAUUCGUAAUGUAUUAAAAUUAUAAUUAAGUAAGAUAAUUUUCUCACGAUCAAAUGAUAAUUAUUUAAUCUUUAUCUUAUUACAGAUGCUAUGUUUUAUUUGUUAAGCGAGUGUAAAAAAUGGUUUCUACGAGAACAUGCGUUGUUUUACCAGUGUGCUACAUUACACAUUAGCUCGGCUAUGUAACUACGCGUUGGGAAUAGCUCUGAAUCACGUUGUCGCCUGGUUGUUUGUUGAACUCUGUUGGUUGAAGGGGGACGCCUGUGCUUGUCCCCAUCGUGUCUAUGAAUUCAGUUCAGGACUCUUCUCUGUUUUUUUGUGGGCAGGCACAUCUAACUGCGCUGGAUGCUGUUUUACAUGAGCUCGGUCAUCGGAGCCAGUUAUCAUGCUUCAUUUACAGCAGAAAUUCAAAUGAGCUGCACCCACAGGAAAGCUGCAUGUGUUUACAUUGGAGGCGGCGGCAGAGCCAGAGCCGACGCUCGCCUCCCAGUUAAGAGUUAGAAGACCUGAAAGGUCUGACCCAAGCACACACUGUUAAACACAUGUUAAAUCUGGACACACGGCUCACACAGGUUGUGGGGGGGUAAAGACGUUUUGAGAAUUCCUCUGAAUCACACAAAGAAAACUGAAUAUUUUUGCCUCAUUUCUGGUUUGGGGUCGCACAGAAUUAGCAACAUGAGUGACAGACAAAUUACAGCGCAGCAUACAGUAUUACACACACACACAUACACACACACACACACACACACAGCACAUAUGCAGAGUCUGCUUACUUGUGUUUAGAAGAGGAGCUCUAUUUGCCAAAUCUCAGAGCUCCUCUGUACAUUGUGCAACCACGUUGUCGAGGUCGACCGCGCAGCUCUCGGAUCAUUUAAACACAUACGAUAACAGGAGGGCUAAAUCUGUCCCGUCGAUAAUUUAGAAUUUGUGUAUUUGUGUAUUUCCACUGAAGUCGGAAGUCCAAACUGCAACCAAUGCAAAAGAAUCAGACCCACCAUGCAUGAUUUUUUUGGGGGGGGGAUACAAAAGACAAGAUGUGAUGGCAAAGUGCGGCAUUUGAGACGAGGUAGUUCCUCCUCCCAGCAGACCACGCUCACGCAGUUUGAAAUAGAAUAGAAAUUCUCGGUAUAUCAUUGACAUGUAUGUGAUCUGUUUAAGCUGAAAGCCCUCUUCACACACACACCUCCCUCUCAACCAGUUCACAGAUGUGGAUAUUUGCUGUGGUGCCUUACUGGAUAAGAACUCAUGGAAAGUGCUCGAGGGGUUGAGAACUGCUGUGUCACCCAAAGGCCCCGAAAAGACGCCGCGCUGCCUUUUUUUUAUUUUGUGUGUGUGAAAGCCAUCGCUCUCCCCCCCCCCUCGACUGUUGCUAGGCAACCAUCAAAUCACCUGUCUUAAGCAAAAACUCAGAUUUUGUUGUGGAGCAAACUCACAGAUCUGUAAUUUACAUAUAUAAGCUGCAGGCAGAGGAGCUCUUGUUCUGGCUCUUACUAUGCGUCAGAGGCUGGUUCCCAAAUGAUGUGCCAGUCACGGGGGAAACAGACGCGCGACCCUCACAAAAAGAGGAAAGAGUAACAUCAGCUGGUCCGUGAGCUCCCGAGGACGGCGGUCGGUUCACGGCUAAUUUUUAAAGGACGAGUGCGGGAAAGUUUUGCAAUUGCUACAAUGUGUUUUAGGUAUGUCUUGUAGCUUGUAUGCUACCAGUCGACUAUCAGUCCAGUGUGACUUCAUGAAAACGUGUCGCCCCCCGAAAUCUUGAGCACAGCGACUGAUUCGCCUCCUGUUGCCUCUUACGAUCACAGCCACGUCAAGUCCUGUAGCUCUCGGUGUCCAGCAGCAGCCACGAGCUUCUCCUCCACGAAUGUUUUUUUUCCGAGCGAAGGCCACGCAAUUCUACGUGAAUCAGAUUCCGUGUUUUUCUGAUCAGAGUUGAACUUUUUUCGUCACAUAUGUAGCCAUCAUUUACGCACAACACAUUCUGAAAAUGGACGAAACACAUUGGCACCGUGAAUGCUGUAUUUUUCUCAGUCAGAAAAAAGGCUCCUGCAGUGGACACGUGCAUUUGUAAUUCACAGACGCAGCGUCCUUCUUUUCAAACUAGUUGCAGAACCACAAGAGGUUU